UAUAAUUUGGCAAACUUUGUUCGUCAAUUUUUAGUGUAAUUUGAUUAUUUUAAUUUGAACAUCAAAUUUAAAUAUCGAAUUCGAAUAGUUAGUAUAGAAUGAAAAAUUACUAAAAAUGAAAAGUUUAUCAAUGAGAAAAAAGAGCGGGAAGGGAGUAAAAAUUACUCCGGUGGAUAAAAAAAUGGUAAUUAAGAAAGUUGAAAUUGCGGUCGCCGAUUCGUCGUCCAAAGAUGGAAAUAGUCGGAAUAAGGUUUAUCCAUUUUUUAACGUUUCUGUUGAAAAAAAGGAGAACGACCAAUUUCCUGAAAAAUCUUUCAUUAAACACAAUUUACAAUUGGAGAAAAGAAUCGAUUUCAAACGUGGCAAUUCCGUGGAAUCCCCGAAUCCUGAAUCGUUUGCAAAUGCAAUUGGUCUUGUUCUUUUGUUCUCACAAUUUUUCGGCCUCUUACCAAUAUCAGGGAUAAAAUCGAAUUUACCGGAAAAGUUCAAAUUUAUGAGAACAUCACCAAGGACUAUUUACACCUACAUUGUAAUUAUUGGAAGUUUGAUCAUGUCUUUGAUAUGUUUGGUUCAUAUGGUGAAAACUUUAAACACCAGUUCCUUUAAAGUUCACGGAGGAAUAUCAGACGCUACAGUGGGAGCUGUAUUUUAUGGAAACAGUUUAUUUGGAACAAUUCUUUUUUUGAAUCUCUCACCGGGAUGGAUCUCUCUUCAACAGGAUUGGAGAGCAAUGGAGGAAUUUAUUGAUAAAGGCAAAGGAGAAAGGCCGAAGUUGAGAUGUAAAUUUUCACUCAUUACUGCUUCAAUUUUUAUUCCUGCUUUAAUUGAACAUAUUCUCAGUGUGGUUUCGAAUACACCUCCUGAAAUUUGGGGAAAUUCGACGUUUGACAAGUUUCUUCAAAUUUACACUAUAAAAUCACAUCCGUUUCUCGUAAAAAAUGUUCCGUACAAUUUUACUCUUGGUCUCUACACAUUCGUAUUGAGCAGAAUUGCAACAUUCACCUGGAAUUUUACCGACGCUUUUAUUAUGCUGGUUUCUACCGGUUUGGCUGAAAGGUACAAACAAUUGAAUAAAAUAAUUUCCAAUAAUACUUCUGGAACUUUCACGCCUGACGAAUGGAAACAACUUCGAGAAUAUUACGCGAUUCUCAGUACUCUAGUGAAAAAAGUCGAUCAGAAAAUAUCAUCAAUUAUCUUUCUGUCCUUCGUGAAUAAUCUCUAUUUCAUUUGUCUACAACUUCUCAAUGGUCUUUCACUUCCUGAUGACGGGAGAAUUGUGAGUGUGAUUUAUUUUUUCGGUUCAUUUUUCUUCUUAAUUGGACGAACCGUUGCCGUAACUUUAUUGGCGGCGAGAAUACACGAUCAGAGUAAAAUUGCGUUACCCUAUCUUUAUAAUUGUCCGCCUUCGACUUUCACUGGAGAGGCUCAAAGACUUCAGGUUCAACUCACCACCGAUGAAGUGGCCUUGACGGGAUUACGAUUCUUUUCAAUUACAAGAAAUUUCAUGUUAGCGGUGGCUGGAGCUAUUGUAACGUACGAAGUUGUGCUUCUGCAAUUCAACAUGGCUUUGCAAAAGUAAAUGCGGAAAUAGAAAGAAAUAAAGACGAAAGCAAUAAAAAAAGGACUUAAGGAUUUAAAGUAAAAGAGGAUUUGAGUAAUAUGUGAUUUUGUUAUCUCGUGAUGAGCUUUUUUUUAUUAUGAUUAACUCUGAUGCAAGAUAAUUUCUAUCUACUCAAAAAACAGUAUUAUAUUAUACAAAACUUUUUUAUAUGAAUAAAAUCAUCGUAUAUAACAAAUUUUCGAACAAUAUAAUUUAUAUUUAAUUAACA